AUGAGGCUCAGUGGGAGGAGUGAAAUGAAAUUAUCAGGAAAGACUGUCUACGGUAUUCUCACAAGAAGCAUCGUUACUGUCAAAAAGAAUGAAGCUUGGUUCCAUUUCGCUGGUCAGCCAAUGAAGUUCUCUAUAAGAGAAUUUCAUAUGGUGACCGGUUUGAAAUGUAAUGGUGAUGUAGAAGGACCACGAGGGGAAUAUGAGUGGGACUUGCUAAAGGGGCGUACUCAUAAGUUAAGCGACGUGUUGAACCAGCUCAAAAAGACAAGAGUAGAUGCUUCUGAUGAGAGAGUUUGCCUCGCAAUGCUCCUCCUGGUAGAGAGCAUAUUGCUGCCGAAGAACAACAAAGGGACUUUCCCUUUGGAGUAUGUCAACAAAGCAAAGGAUAUGAUGUAUCCAUGGGGAAGAGACGCUUACCUGGUGCUCCUGAGGUCAAUUCAAAAAGCUGUCGCAAACCACCUGGAGGAUACUUCAAAAUUCGAGUUGCAAGGUUAUCCUCUAGUAUUCCAUCUUUGGAUACUAGCGUCCAUUCCCGUGCUACGAGAUAAGUUCAGUAAUUGGGCACCGACUGUUGAUGUUCCUGGACCGAUUUACUUGUGUGAGAAAUACACUGAGCUAGAAAAUCCAUCACUUGAACGGGUUUUACAGAUUGAAGCUCAUAAAAAGCUGAAGGUCACAUGCAUCCUACCUCCUAUUCCUCAUGAUCCAGAAGAUGAUGUCUCCAUGGAAGACGAACAUAGUGACAAGUUGGAAUCUGUGAAAGAUAUAUCCAAGAAAGGGUACAAGUUUAAGCCGAUGAUUGGAAAAAUAGGUCUGUAG